GAAUUGAGGCAAGCAAAGGUAUAGUUGGGAAAAAUGAAAGAUCCUACCGAAGAUAUCUCCUCUGCUACAGCCCAUACAAGAGGAUAUAUUAGGUUUAAUCCUUCUGUAAAGAUAAGACCAACAAGACUGAAUGCUAUUGCUUUAUCUCCAAUAGUACCUAGAAAUACAAGACAUGGUUCAGAUUCUAUUGCUCCGAGAACAUCUAGGAGAUCAAGCCAAGUUUCACAUUCUCCUAUUCUAGGGAUAUCUAGCAGAACAAGACUAGGAUCUAGUCCUAUUGCUCCAAGAGCAUCUAGGAGAUCAAGCCAAGGUUUAGAUUUUUCUGCUCUGAGAACAAGAGCAGGGUCAAGUCCUAGUGCUUCCACACCAUCUCGGAGAUCAAGAGAAGUUUCAGAUUCUCCUUCUCUAAAGAUAUCUAGCAGAGCAAGACCAGGUGAAAGUCCUAUUGCUCCGAGAGUAUCUAGGAGAUCAAGAGAAGUUUCAGAUUCCCCUUCUCUUAGGGUAUCUAGCAGAGCAAGACCAGAAUCAAGUCCUACUGCUCCAAGAGCAUCUAGUAGAUCAAGCCAAGGUUCAGAUUUUCCUUCUUUGAAGAUAUCUAGUAGAACAAGACCAGGAUCAAGUCCUAUUGCUCCAAGAGAAUCCAGCAGAUCAAGCCAAGGUUCAGAUUUUCCUUCUUUGAAGAUAUCUAAUAGAACAAGACCAGGAUCAAGUCCUAUUGCUCCAGGAGUAGUUUCAGAUUCUCCUGACCAGAGAACAUCUAACAACCCAACUCCAGGUUCGCGUCAACUUUGUAAAAGAUCAUCUAGAACACAAAAACUUGUAACUCUUGCAACUAACAAACCAAAACAAGGUUUAGGUUCUCUAGGCACUGUCAAACACACAAAACCAAGGCGAAGUCCAGUUACCCUUAGUUUGGUGACAGUUUCUGCUGCCCCUGGAGAACCAAACAAAAAAGGGCAAGGCUCUAGUAGAGGAAAUCAUGGUCCAAGAUCUUCUGCAGUCGGAGAAACUAGUGGAACAGGACAAGGUUCAAGAUCUUCUGUAUCCGGAGAAAGUAACCGAACAAGACAAGGUUCAAGAUCUUCUGUAUCCGGAGAGACUAACAGAACAAGGCAAGGUUCUGGUUCUUUAGAAACCGGAGAAACAAUCAGAACAAGACAAGGUUCAGGUUCUUCUGUAUCCGGAGAAACUGGUGGAACACUACAAGGUGAAAGUUCUUCUGUAUCCGGAGAAACUAGUGGAACACGACAAGCUUCAGGUUUUUCUGUACCCGGAAAAACUAGUGGAACAAGAGAAGGUUCAGAUUCUUUUGUAUCCGGAGAAAGUAACAGAACAAGGCAAGGUUCAGAUUCUUCUGAAUCCGAAGAAACUAACAGAACAAGACAAUGUUCAAGUUCUCAUGUUUCUAGAUCAGCAAGCAGAUUGAGUUCUCCUGAAACAAUUGCGUCUUCUUCAAGUUCCUUGAGAGACAAUCCUAGACUUAUCAGGAUUAAACCAACCUCUGCUCAGUGUUCUCCUCGAGUAACCCAAAGGACGGAUACAGUUUCUCCGGAUUCAACCUUCACCACCCCUUCAUCCAGACAUCACAAGCACAGGGUUCCAGUAUAUCCGGAUUUUGAGGUUCCAGUUCCUGCAGUAUAUCCGGAUUUUGAGGUUCCAGUUCCUGCAGUAUAUCCAGAUUUUGAGGUUCCAGUUCCUGCAGUAUAUCCGGAUUUUGAGGUUCCAGUUCCUGCAGUAUAUCCGGAUUUUGAGGUUCCAGUUCCUGCAGUAUAUCCAGAUUUCCUUACAUGCGGAGUGUGCCUUCAUCACUUUCCACUAGACCAUAUCCUUCUUUUUAUCCAGCAUAAAUCCGAGCACCUGGAGCCGAAACCCAACCCUCCUGAGAGAAGAUCUCCUAAACUCUGCUGCUCCUUGUGCUCUCUAUCACCCCGGAGUCCGGAUUCAUUACUUCAUCAUCUCAAACAGAACCAUAAUGUUAAAUUGUUUUAGUUUUGUAAAA